AUGGAGUACCAGCUAGCAUCCUGUCGCCGCCAUGGAGCUUGCCACCGCCAUGCUUGGCCUCUGGAUCUGAGAGAGGAUAGGAAGCAGGGAGCGAGAAGAGCGGAGAGGGAGGAGUCGAAUCUGAGGGAGAGAGAUGCGGAGGGCCGCGAAGUGGUGGAUGGGGCGCCGGCGCUUGGGGCGAGGUGGGUCGCGUGA